AUGAUAACCCCUUAAAACUUGUCUUUUUAUAAAAAUAAUAACCUUGCUAUUGCAUAUAUGAAUUAAUAGAAAUAGUAGAACCAAGGUCAAUAUAAAAUGAAUGAGUAUUUAUCAAAAAGAAAAGAGGUAGAAAGUAUAAAGAUGUGGAUGGUAUAAUCUCUUGAUGGAAUAGCUAAAUAAAAUACAUCGCUUCAUAAAUUAUUUACUUAGCAACAACUAGUUUUUAAUGCUUGCAUAAGUGAAUUACUUAGAUAAAUAUCUCUUGAAUGUAAAGAUAGAGCAGACUUAAUUUAGACAAUUUGGAAUAAUCACGUAGAGGUAGCAACGAAAGUAGUAGAAUUUUAUUCAAAAGAAAAUAAUAAAGUAGAAUGGGACACUAUAAAUUCAAUAAAAUAACUGCAUAACAGGUACAAAGAUGAAUUAAUUUUAUCAUAAAAGUACUAUGAAGAAAAUAAUAACAAAUAUAUAACUAAUAAAAAUUAAUUGGAGAUAGUCAUAAAAAAAUAUAGAAUGGAGAAAAAAUUAAAUAAAAGAUUGCAAAAGUUAUGUAAUGCGCUUAAAAAUGAAAAACAGACUAUCAACAAUUUAUAUUGUGAAACAUCAAAAGAGUACAUCCAAGCAAUGAUUAAUACUGGGAAACUACCAUAAGAGCAGGAGAAUUACCUCCUUUAGCAAUACAUGGAAGCCACAAAAGGACUAUUAUCAAGAAAGUUAGACUUCAAAAGAAUAAAAGAAUCUAUUUAAUUAAAGGAGUAAACAUAGAAACAGUCUGAGCUAUUUAUGCAGCAAAUUGUUUAAGGGAAAACACCUGUUGAUUCUGAUGAAUCUGCAGAUGAUGACGAAGAUAUAAAAUAGAUGUUUUAGAGGAGAAAAAUAAGAUUUGAAGAAAAAGGAACCUAGGUAGAGGAAAUUAAAAAGAUUUCUUAGGAAACUGAAACAGAAUACAAUAGAUUUAUGACUAGUAAAGGAAUUCAAGUUAUCCUAAACCAAAAAAAAUCAAUAGAAAUCUAAACAGAAAAUUAAGUUUUAGAGCAGUAAACUCAAACAGAUCCUAAAUAAUUAAAAAACUAAUUUGUGUAAACAGAUAUGACUGCUAUAAAAGGAGAGGAUUUUGAGAAACUAAAGACUGUUUACCUUAAAAAAUUAAAAGUAGAUCCAACAAGUAAUAAAUAGCUAGAAAUUGAUGGUUAAAUCUCUGAAGAAUUCGAUUCAAAUUAGCUGUCUUAUUAAGAAAGUAAAGAUCAAAAAAGGACUUCUCUUGAAGAAUUAAAUAUUCCAAGCCUUAGUAAAUAUCAGAUAUCUUAAUAAAAGAAACAGAGUUUAAAAAAGAGUAGAGUAAGCUUGUUUUCAAUGUCUUCUCUUCUUAAAUCUCCAUCUUAAGCAGUUGCAAAUGACACAGAAGAAAGCAUACCUGAAUUAAAAAUUGACGAGAAUCAAGACAACGAUUAUGAAUUUGAGUCAUAAAAAAAAUUGAAAAUCUUUCUCAAAAAAAUACUAGAUUAUACUAAGAUUGUUAAGAUAGAAACAAGAAACCCAAAAUAAAAUAUAACAAAUUUUGUAGAAAUUACAAGAGAAACAUUAAAGUAGUUUGAAUCUCUUUCGAGCGAGAUUAAAUUAAGGUUAGAAUAACUUUAAAACAAAUAAGUAAAAUUUUAAAUUAAUAUGGUUGAGUAAGGCAUGGAAUAUGAUGAGCUAAAGAAUUAAUUAGUAGUUAAAGAUCAGUAAAUUGAAGAAUUAUUAAAAGACUAAAAAAAAAUUAAUUAACUAUUAGAUGAGCUUGAUAUUUCAACAGAAGAAGAGGAAUAGAAUAAUUCUCCCUCAACUAAGAAUAUUGUGAGCUCUAUGCACGAAGGGCGAGCAAAAAAUCAUAGUUCUUCUUCCUUUGGAACUAUACAAAUUAAAGAACCAUUUUAAAACCAUUAAAACGUUUAAAAUAUGAUCAACGAAAGUGAAAAUUAAAGGAAACAGGCUACACAAAUAAAAAAGCGAGCCUCUAUAAUGCUAAAUAUGUUACAUAGUCAAAAAGAUGCACCCUCACCUAUACUUUAAUCUUAGCAAAAUUAAAGUUUUUCUAAUUUGAAUGAGAGUUUAAAAGCUAAAAAUCUUGUCCAAUAAAGAAGAUAAUCCUAAAUUGUAACUUAACUAUUUACUUUAGCCUCAACUCCAGCUCAAAACAAUUAAAUGAACAUUUCUUAAGGACUCAAUUAAUAUGUUGAUCAAAAAAAAUAUAUUGAGAGUAAAAAAUCAAUACAAAAAAUUAAGAAAAUUGUAAAAAGUAGUACUGCUGGCAUGAAAUUUAGUUAAAAUUCUCUAAGCUUAGAUUAUUUAAUAAAAUAAAAUAUCCAAGACUCUGAAACGUAUUAAGCAAUAGAGUAGUUACAAUAACAUUCAAAUAAAAUUUCAACAUUUAAUUAAGAAACAAUUGCACAUAAGAAUACUGUGAUUUAAAUAAGGAAGAUGUUAUAAUCAAUUUACUAUGAAUUUAUUUAAAAUUUGAAAAAAGGAUACAAAUUAAAUAAGCCAUUGUGUAUCUUACUAAGAGAUUUUUUUACAGGAAAUUCUGCUGAUCCAAAAACUGCAACAAGUAUUUCUAAAAUUAAAAAAAUUGCUGAAAAAUGCUAAAUAAUCCCAAAAUCUUAUGAAGAAAUAUAAAUGUUUAAUUCUCUGCUUGGUAUUUGCAGAUCAAAUUAAGAAUUUUACGAUUAACCAGAAUAUUUAAACAUAUAUCUCUAGAUGCUUUAUUAUUUAGCAGUGGAAAAUCAAUCAGGAAAUAAUUAAAUUUAAGUGAUCCAUUCUCAAUUAAAAACAAAUACGACGCUCAUUUAUAAGUUUUUACCCUCAAUUUUAUCUUCAUAUCUUCCAGAUAAGAAAAUUUUUGAUAUUGUUAUGCAUCUUCUAAAGCCAUAUAUUAGUGACGAUGAUAUCAAUGAUAGAGAUAACCUUGUUGAUAUUCCUGAACCAGAAGAACAAGAAAUGUAGUUUAUUGAAAUUUUGUCUUUUGUACUAAAUUAAUUUAAAGAUCACUCUCUAUUUAUAUAUAAACAAUAUAAUCCAAUAUUUGAAUGCAUUACUCUAAAUGACUAAGAGAGGAUAACAGAAGAACAAUUUAUGUUUAUUUAGAAGCAUUUUGGAUUUGCAGAUGGCAAUAAAGCAAUCCAAAAUCUUUUUAAAUUUAGAGAAGCUAGCGCCAAAUAAAAAAUGGAUAAACAAACAUUUGUUGGGUUUUGUAAUAGAAAUUAAAUAAUAGAUGACUUUAAAUUUAAAAAUAUUGCAGAUAAUAAUUACUACGACGAUCUAACUAGUUUUGAUUUUGAAAUCAUAGAAAAAUUAGAUAAUUUAUGGAAUAAAUAAAAGUAAACUCUAUAAAAAAUAUUCUUUGAGACUCAAGCUUAUAAAUAUAUACAUAGACGUUUAAUUAUGUCUAUAGAAUCAUUUAUAGGAUUAUCAAAGAAAUAUCCUUAAUAUAGAAAAUAUUAUAAGUCAAGAUCAUUCCUUGCUUAUAAGCUUCUCAAAAUGGAAAUGAGGCUCUUUAUUGAAGAAUAGUAUAUGCAGAAACUGUGUAUCCCAGAACAAUUAAUUCUAUUAAACAAAAUAAGCUAACCAAUAAUAGUUAAUUCAUAAAUAAAAUAGAUUUAGCGUAAAUAAAAAGUACUUAAAAAGGCUGUAUCCAUAGUGUAUAAAAGUGCAUUUGAUGAAAAUAAAAUUGAGGAUAACAGCGAUUAAAGUGAAAGCUAAGACUCCUCAAAUUCACAAAUGAGCAGCUAAAACUUCUUAAAUAAAAAUCAAAAGAAACAAUCAGUUGAUACUUUAAAUUAAAAUAAUUAAUCUUGA